CCUGCCCGGGGCGCGUUUCGCUAACCAGCACACGCCGCACAUCGGGAGCGCCGCUGUCACCUCGCGCCAGCACAGCUCGCCUGCCGUGUGCGCCCCAAACCCGUUGCAUCUGUCCCGGAGCAGAGGAGCGGGCCGACCCGGGGCCGGCAGAGCGGGCCUGAGCGUCACGAUGCGAGACAGAAGGUGGGCGAGGCCGCCCUUCGGCCCGCCCCCCCGGACAGCGCUGCGUUCCCGGGGAGGUUCAGGCCGAGGCGGGCCCCGGGCAGGCCGCGGCGGGACGAGCACCGGCACAGGGCCGCGGCGGGACGAGCACCGGCACAGGGCCGCGGCGGGACGAGCACCGGCACAGGGCCGCGGCGGGACGAGCACCGGCACAGGGCCGCGGCGGGGCGGUCGCCACGGCAACGAGGGCGGUGCGACGCGCAGACGUCACUUCCGCGCAAGGCGGGGCGCGGCGCGCAGUGCUGCCAUGGCGCUGUCGCGCGCGGAGCGCUGUCUCGCGCUGCUGCUGCGGCUGCUGUCGCGCGCCUGCCUCGCGCUGCUCGCGCUGCUGCCGCCGCCGCCGCGCGCCGGCCCCGCGCGCGCCGCUCCGCGCGCCGUCCCGCCGCCACGGCACGCGCUGCUGCUGCUGUCCGCGCGGCGCCUCGCGGAGCUGCUCCGGGCGCGGCAGGUGACGUGCAUCGAGGUAGUGGAGGCGUACGUGGAGAGGAUCAAAGAGGUGAAUCCCCUCAUCAAUGCCGUGGUUAAGGACAGGUUUGAGGAGGCCUUGCAGGAAGCCCGGCAGGUCGAUAAGCUGCUCUCAGAGGGUCCUAGUGAUGACUGCUUGGAGGAGAAGUUCCCCUUGUUGGGGGUUCCCGUCACCGUUAAGGAGGCCUUUUCUCUCUAUGGGAUGCCCAACACCUCUGGCUUGGUCAACCGCUGCAACGUGAUCGCCACCUCAGAUGCCACAGUGGUGUCGCGGCUGAAGCAGGCAGGUGCCAUCCCGCUGGGUGUCACCAACUGCAGCGAGCUCUGCAUGUGGUACGAGUCCAGCAACAGGGUCUACGGGCGGACCAACAACCCCUACGACCUGCAGAGGAUUGUGGGCGGCAGCUCAGGUGGGGAGGGCAGUGUCCUGGCAGCUGCCUGCUCAGUCAUAGGUGUGGGCUCUGACAUCGGUGGAAGCAUCCGGAUGCCCGCCUUCUUCAAUGGAGUCUUUGGCCAUAAACCCACAACAGGGGUGGUGCCCAACGAUGGCCAGUUCCCAAAUGCUCACGGGGUGCGGACCAGCUACCUGUGCACGGGGCCCAUGUGCCGCUACGCAGAGGACCUGGAGCCUGUGUUGAGAGUCAUGGCCGGUCCCGGGGUCAGCAAGCUGAAACUGAAUGAGAAAGUGUCACUGGAGAAAAUCAAAUUCCACUGCAUGGAUCACGACGGCGGGUCCAUUUUUGUAUCACCUGUGGACAAGGAGAUCUUGCAGGCCCAAAAAAAGGUGGUGGAGUACCUUGAAAGUGACCUUGGGGUCCAGGUUCAGCGUGUGGCAAUCCACAAGAUGAAGUAUUCUUUCCAGAUCUGGUCAGCCAUGAUGUCAUCCAAGGACAGUGAGGGGCAGGUGUUUGGUAAAUCAGCCAACCAGGGGGCAUCCUACCUUGCUCUUUGCCCCAUGCUGUGUCUUCUGACUUGUAGGCUGGGAUUAACGCCUUUUGGGAUGCCAGGACAGGAGGCACAACGAUUCACGGACCUGCUGGGAGAUCAUGGGAAGCCAGUGUGGCCGCUGUGGGAGCUGAUGAAAUGGCUCGUGGGGAUGUCUUCUCACACUCUCCCAGCUAUUGCCCUGGGACUGACAGAGAAGCUGGUGAACCUUAACCUCAGUGGGAAGGCCAAGCUGGUGAGCAUGGGGAAGAGCCUACAGGAGGAGAUGGAGGCACUGCUGGGGCCGGAUGGGGUGCUCCUCUACCCCUCACACCCCACUAUCGCCCCCAAGCACAACUCCCCCAUCUGCAUGCCCUUCAAUUUUGCCUACACAGCCAUCUUCAAUGUGCUGGGCCUGCCGGUGACACAGUGCCCGCUGGGGCUGGGCAGCGAGGGUCUGCCACUGGGCAUCCAGCUGGUGGCAGCUGCCUACAAUGACCACUUGACGCUGGCAGUGGCCCGAUACCUGGAGAAAGCCUUUGGAGGAUGGGUUUUACCAGGGAAAGUUUAACCUUGGGAUGCAGGGACAGAGGCAGUGGCAAGUGGUGAUGCUUCAUCCCAUCAUGGCACUCCCUAUGCAUCCCCCUGUGUCCUGCUGGGAGUGGCUGGUGGUGCCUCCAGCUCAGGAACAGCUGGGCCAUUGCCACUGGAGUCCUCAUCCCUGUGGCACCCUCUGUCAGGGAGAGACCUGCCUUUCCCAAACCCCUCAGGAGCCCCAGUGCCACAGUCUGAGGAUGUCCUGCCUGCAUCCUGCCUGCAGUGGGCAUCCACCCACCUUUUCCAGAUUGUGGAGUUGGCCAGCUCUGUAACCCUUCUGCUUUCAAAGCACUGAGUGAGAGCUGGGCAGAGGACGUGCUUCCAGACUGCUGGGGGCACUCUUAGGCCCAUGAGGGUCCUCCUUGGCCUGACUCUACCCACAGGGCUGGAGUGUGCCUGCUGCACUCAGGUUUGCCAGCCCCCACAAUCCUUCCAAGCUCCUGCAGGUUUCUCCCCACCCUCUGACCAAAACGGGAGAGGGUUUGAGGGGUCUAGAGGAGACACAGCACUGCCACACCAACAGUGCUUUGUGGGGUGGUGAGUGCUGGGCUCUGUGGUGUGUGCAGCUGUCAGGCACAGCUGAGAGCAUUUCACCACUGGCUAAACCAUCUCCUGCUUGUCUUCCCCUUUUCUCUGAGGGGAUCCUCCUGCCUGACUGGUGUCCCCUGCUACCUGUCCUGCUGAGCUGUUUGGCCUCUGCCCCAGGAAUGGAUGUGGGUAGCAAUGUGCGUGGUUCAUCUGAGCAGGCAGCAAGCACAAAGUGUUCUCAUUGAGGGAGGUAUUAAAGAGCCUGUCCAGUC